GGAGAAGAUGAAUUAGUUGAGCUCUGUUUUUACAGGUACGAAUUUUCGAAUAAAGGAGGAGAUCUGUUCAUUGAAUCGUUGGCUCGUCUCAACCAUUACCUUCAAACCACUACCGAUCCUCGACACAAGGGAGUCACCGUGGUGGCCUUUAUUAUCUACCCAGCACCAUCAAACUCCUUCAACGUUGAAUCCUUGAAGGGACAAGCGGUCACAAAACAAUUGAAAGAAGCUGUAGACAGAAUCAAGGAGAGUAUCGGCCAACGGAUGUUUGAUAUCUGCCUGCAGGGCCAUCUACCCGACGGCCACGAUCUUCUCUCUCCAGCUGAUAACGUUUUGCUCAAGCGGUGUAUAAUGGCUACGGAAAAGAAGGAUCUCCCACCUAUAUGUACGCACAAUAUGGUUCGCGGCGACGACCAGGUUUAA